AUGCAGCAAUCUUUUCUUGAUUUCGGCUUAAAACCAGCAGUUCAGUGUGGCCUACUACGGUGCUCCUUUUUUAUUCCUUCAGGAAUCCAGGCCAAAGCCCUUCCUUUUAUCAUAAAAGAAGAGAAUAUUAUAUUGCAGGAUCACAGCGGAAGCGGGAAAACCACACUGCUGGCCAUAGCAGUAAACCACGUUGUGAACCCAGCAGAAAACUGCCUCCAAGCUGUUCUGCUUUCACCGACUAAAGAGCUUGCGCAGCAAACAGCAGUUUUGAUCGAGCGUAUUGGUUCUAAAUACGUGUGCCUGCGUUGCUCGGUAUGCCAUGGUGCAGUCCAGGUCAAAGGAGCCGCGCACGUAUGGAGCGGCACACCUGGGAAAAUUCUGCAACAGUUCUCAAAUACAGGAACGAUGAGUGCUAACACGGUGCGCUUGCUGGUCAUAGAUGAAAUUGACGAGAUGCUUUCGGCUGGCCUUGAGAAACAAGUGUCCCGUAUUUGCAGAAUAAUGCCAGAAACUUGUCAAGUCGUUGUCGUAUCUGCAACUGCAUCAAUGUCAGGUAUGGAGAGUCUGCAUGAUUUCCUUCGAAGGGACAUGCACUUCAUUACAACAGGCAGCACGGAAGCAUACUGGCACGCUGGCAUUCAGCACUAUCGUGUUGAAGUUCCUGAAGAAAAAUGGAAGCUCAGUGCAGUCUUCGAUAUUUUUUCACGAUACCUGGUCAGAUCUCAGUGCAUAAUAUUCACGAACGAGUCGAAGAAAGCAGAUUGGUUAGAGAAGAAAAUCUCACUCCGUGGCUUUGAAGUUCAGGGCAUUCAUGGGGGAAAGCCUCAGGACAAGCGGGUCGCAGCGAUUGAUAAGUUUCGUUCGGGAACGACGAACGUUCUCGUGGCAACUGAUGUUGCAAGCAGGGGCUUGGAUAUUCCUGGGGUUGUACUCGUCAUCAACUUCGAUGUGCCGUUGAAACCGAGCAUCUAUGUGCACCGAGUCGGAAGGUGUGGAAGAUUUGGCCGAAGGGGCAUUGGAAUCACUAUUAUCACCAAGGAAAACAAACUUCAAUUACAGCAAAUCGAACAGUUCUUGAAGAUUCGAAUCCGUAGUCUCCCGGCCGAGCUCGUUGAAAAGAAUCCACUGUAA